CAGGUUCCGGCGGCGAUGGCGGCGAGGCUCGCGCAGCUGCGGACCAAGGCGGCGCAGGCGGCCGACUUCGCGUCCAAGCACGGCGGCGCAUACUACAAGGAGGCCAUGGAGAAGAACAAGCAGUACGUCGUGCAGCCCCCCACCGUCGAAAAGUGCCAGGAGCUCUCCAAGCAGCUCUUCUACACGCGCCUCGCGAGUCUACCAGGCCGCUACGAAUCAUUCUGGAAGGAGCUUGAUUGUGUGAAGCAGGUAUGGAAGAACAGGAAGGACCUCAAGGUGGAAGACCUUGGAAUCGCGACAUUGUUUGGUGUUGAGCUUUAUGCAUGGUUCUGCGUAGGCGAGAUUGCUGGCAGAGGAUUCACCCUAACCGGCUAUAAGGUCUGAAUUAGAUCUCCUGGCUAAGACCUUGCCUUAUAAUACACCAUUAGCUGUUGCUUGUCGAAAUGACAAAGAUACCUGUCUUCUUUCACAAUUUUGUUUCUGAAAAGUUUCUAGUGCUGAAUGCCAGCAAGACGAGCACACCAUUGUGACGGUGCCUCAAUAAUUUGCUCGCUCAAUUGUCCAUUUCUGUGUUCUGGAACUUGUUCCCAUGACACCUGCCGCA